CCGUUUGCGAGCCGGGUGUCGCCCGGUUUGCAUGUUUAUUUUACUCCCAGGGUUGAGGGGGAAGAUACGGAGGCUGUUUGUCGGGUCUUGAAGGGGGUGUUUGGGCUUGGGCUGAAGUGUCUGGAUUAUGAGAAAUCGUUCACCCGGUCGGAUGUCACUUCUUCCCCUGAAACCGUGUGGCAGUAUUACUCGCCUUUGGCGUCUUUGGACGGCCUGGUGGAGUUCUUUCAGCGGAAAGUCUGUGGGUUGAAGGAUGGCGAGGGUGCGGCGGCCGAGUGUCGGCGUCAGGCGGCGGAGUUGCUCGCUGCUGACUCAGUGGAUAUCUCCUACGAUGCUUCGUCGCGCGCGCUGGUUUUGUCGGGGUUUUGGUCCGAGGCGCCUGGGGGUGAGGGGUGGACGGAGUAUAUUCGCGCUCCCGUUGCUGGAUCGAAGGAUAAGAUGGAGGUGGGAUUUCUGGGGGCAGAGAGGGCGGUCGAUCCCGAGGAGAUCAAGAUGGGUGGGUUGUUGGGCGUGGUCGGGGAGGAUGACAAGUUGAAGCCGACGUUGUUUUCCUUCCCUUCGAGACAUCAUGCUCUUCCGCGUGAUGCCGUCUUCUCGGUUUCGUUCCCCUCGCCCACCGGCUUACAUCCUACGAUGGCUGUUUCCAUGUCGCCUGCCGCGCUGCAGCGUCCCCCUGCGUCCCCCGACGCGACCUGCACGCUGCAUACGUAUCUAACCCUGCCGUCCUAUAUCUUUGGCGAUAAGUAUCAGCUGGGCACUGAUGAUCGGCUGUUCCUGGAGUCGCAUCACCUGGUCAAGUUGCAGUCUGUGACGGGCGAGACGGAUCUAGAGGCGCCGGACUGGUCCGUCUCUCGGUGGGGGUCGAAUUGGCUGUUUGAGGUCGCCACACCCCCGGCCGACCGGUCUCCAGAGCACUGGAACGUGACCAUCCCGCUGCAUCUGCGGUAUCUGCAUCCCUCGGAAAGUGGCUAUCGUUCGGCCGCGGUUCCCUGGCCCGUUGUCUUUUGGGCCUGCACCGCCAGCGAGGAGGCCAGAAUGCAAUUCAAUCCGUUCGAUCGCGUCGACCUCGGAUGGGAGGGCCUGUUCGGCCCCCAAACGGUCUUCUACCAGGUGCACCCAGCUGCCGAGCAGGGUCGGUUGGUCGAGGAGGUCAACGUGCCCGUGCUCAAGGCGAAUGGCAUCUUCAGCAGCAAGACUAUCGAACUGGGCACGGUAGUCGCCAUCGUCCUGGGUUCGCUUUGGGUGCUGUGGAAACUCGGCACCGUCGUGUGGGGCUCUGGACCCCAAAAGCGGGCCGAGAACCAGAAGAAGUCCCAGUAGUAGUUUUGUUACGUUCAGGAUAUUAGCGCUCGUUUUGGUGCUGUAAAUGGUUGUAU